AUGAGAGCCAAUACUUCGGGAGGAACCAUCGAUCAUUACAUUUUAAUUUCGUUUAAAGGAGGAGAGGAUUCUAAAUUGGAGAGUAGUAAAUUGUUUUUUUAUUUAUCGGAGCAGAAAACAAAGCUCUUAUUGGUCAUUGAUGCCUUGGAUGCCAUCUUACAUCUAAUUGGAAAUGUAGAGAAUUUACAAAUUAUUCAGUAUUGUUUGAUGGCAUUAUGUAAUUUGGCGAAGGAGAAGGAAUAUACUCAGAAAUUGGUUAAGGAAAAACAAUGUUUCAAAGUGUUGGCACCAAUUAUUUCAUCAAUGAAUGUUCCAUGUCAGAUAGUGGCAGUUAGAUGUGCUGGAUUAUUAGCUCAACAUCCUUGUAGCAGUGGAAGAUUUGUUUCUGAUGGAGCUCUCCUUCCAAUAAUGUGUCUCCUUAAAAAGGAACAAAAUAUUGAACUAUUGCAAGAAGUUUUUAAAACUCUUGCCAUGUCUGAUUUGAGAGGAGAUUGUGCUUCGAGAGUGAUUGAAGUUUGGGGAUUGGAACUAUUGGGGGAUGUAUUGAGGAAACAUAUAGAAGGAUACAGAGAAGUAGAUAUUACAAUGGUUGAUUUGAUAGCUAAAGUAUUUGGUAAUUUUACAAAAUUUGAGAAAAUUGCUGUGAGUAUGAUGCAUGCAGAAAAAUUAGAAUUGGUCAAUAUGUUGAGAUCACUCAUGAACACCUCCAUUACUCAUGUGGAGACGAAAAGAUCAGCUGCCAAUACUUGUUUCAAUUUAAUUAAUAAUCAGUACACGAUUGAUCCAUUUCUGGACAACCAUCAAAUGAUAGUAUUUUUGAUGAACAGAUAUCAAGAACGUGACUAUUUAACCAAACACUGUAUUGCCAAGACAUUUGAUUGUAUAGUGAGAGAAUCCAAACAACACAAGAUUAUAGCUCUUAUUGAUAGAUAUCAAAACUUGGAAUUUGUAGAAUGGAUUUUGAGAUCAAAUUCAUGCGAGCUCAUUCAAGUUGUUGUUCUCAGAUCAUUUGUAAAGAAGGAUUGGAUCUAUGAAAAGUCUCACCUCUUCUCCACAACUUUUGUACCAUCUCUAUUGACAACUAUCAAGGAAACAAUCUCAAGGGAUGUGAGACGAGUUUGCGACGAAGUAGUGUACCACAUGUCAGCCAUAGAAAGAUUCCAGAAGGAAAUUAUUGAUGCAGGUGGUGGCGAUAUACUUUCCCCACAAUUAGCUUUCAAAGAUAGAACUUCAAAAUAUUGGGGAGUGAAAACCCUUGCCAGAAUGUUAAGAAAUAAGGAAUAUGCCACAAUUUUUGUGAAACAGUAUGGGAUUGUAAAGGCAGCAGUGAAUUGUUUCAUAACAACAUCACAUACUGACAUUGAUGAAUACGAUGUGUUUAUGGGGGUUUUACAUAUUCUAUCAGACAUUUCUGAUACACAAGAGUUUAGAUUAUAUUUCAUGCAUUCUGGAGCCAUUAACAAAAUGUUGGAUAUUCUAGAAAGUCAAAAUCAUGAUCAGAAAAAGAUAAUUCUCUGCCUAAAUAUUGUUAUAUCCUAUGUAAAUAGUGCCAAUAAGGGAAGCUCUGGUAAUGCUAAUUUGAAAAUUUUGUCAGAAAAAAAGCUACAACGAAUUAUUGAAAGUAUCACCUCUACUAAUUUCAGUCUUUCUGGAAAGGUAGUUGCACUUAUUGCUGCUUAUGCACAACAUUCCAACUCACCAAUAUUUGAUUUUUGGAACAUUUUGUACAGUAAGGCACUCAAUGUUAUCAGAUGUAAUGAAGAUUACAACAGCUAUCUGUAUCAGCGUAUAAGUUGUUUCCAAAUGUUGACAAAUAUUCUCUCCAAAGACCACAUUUGGAGUAAUUUAGAUUUGGAAAUGGUAGCAGAACAUUAUAUUUUAAUUUUUUGUAAUAGUAACUUGUUGAGCCAUUUGAAAUCAGUUUCUGCCAAAGGAUUACUAGAAUUUUGUAAAUAUUCUCCAGAUGUAAUGGAGGAAUUGUUGAUUAGACAUGAACGAUCCAUUGUUAGUGGUCACAAACAUUUGGAUUUUGGAAAUAAUAUUUGCUUUUCGAAUAUUCAAUCCUUUUCCCAAUUUAUCAGAAUUUUCCUUCAAUUUUUCGAGAAGGAAAGGAAGAAGAAAAUGAGGAAAUAUCUACUCUUUUCAAAAAUUCAAAGAUUUCUACUAUUCCUCCUUUCAUUUGUGCGAGAAAAGAAGGAAAAUCACGAUCUGGUGGAUUGCUUAAUCACCCAAGUUUCUGAUCACAAUCUUAGCUUCAAAAUCAAGUCAGGCAACCGUCCAACACGAAACUAUGUCCCCCUACGUCACAAACAUUUCUAUAGCGGGUAUUUGGACGGCUUGAUUGGAGGUAUUCCUCAUCAGCCAAGUAGUGUCGAUACUCAACACAGAUUAAGAGAAUUUCUCACUGCCAAACAGGAUGAAGGAAUAACCAAUCAUAUACUAUACAAAAAAGAAAAAGGAAAUGACUCUGUUAGAGAAAUGGGAAAAUGA